GCCGAGGGGUGCAUGGAUGCGCCAUGGCCGCGGCCACGCUGGCUUGCCGGGUGCAGUUCGUGGACGACACGGAGCCCUUCAGCAGCACCAGCUUCCCCGAGCCCAGCCGCCCGCCGCUCUACGCCUUCCGCCGCGACCUGCCGCUCAGCACCCAGCUGCCCGGCCUCCACCGCCUGCUCCGCGCCCCCCACAAGCUGGAUGAUUGUGCACUGCAGUUGUCUCACAAUGGUACCUACUUGGAUUUAGAGUCUACCCUAGCAGAGCAAAAGGAUGAAUUGGAAGGUUUUCAGGAGGAUUCUGGAAGGGGCAAAAAGCACAGUAUAAUUCUGAGAACCCAGCUGUCGGUCAGAGUCCAUGCCUGCAUUGAAAAGCUCUACAACUCCCAUGGGCGGGAGCUGAGACGGGCCCUCUUCUCCUUGAAACAAAUAUUUCAAGAUGACAAGGACUUGGUUCAUGAGUUUGUUGUGGCUGAGGGCCUGACAUGCUUAAUAAAAGUGGGAGCAGAGGCGGACCAGAACUACCAGAAUUACAUCUUGAGAGCUCUGGGACAAAUAAUGCUGUAUGUAGAUGGGAUGAAUGGCGUAAUAAAUCAUAAUGAGACAAUCCAGUGGUUAUACACUCUCAUUGGGUCAAAGUUUCGCCUGGUUGUAAAGACAGCACUGAAAUUGCUCCUUGUUUUUGUGGAGUAUACGGAGUCCAAUGCCCCCCUCCUCAUCCAGGCUGUGUCUGUCGUAGAUGAGAAAAGAGGCCUCAAGCCAUGGUCCAACGUCAUGGAGAUCCUAGAAGAAAAAGAUGGCAUUGACACAGAACUGCUAGUUUAUGCAAUGACCUUAGUGAACAAGACCCUAGCCGGCUUGCCAGAUCAGGAUUCCUUCUAUGACAUUGUAGAUUGUCUGGAAGAGUUGGGGAUUGAAGCAGUUUCCCAGAGACACCUGAACAAAAAAGGAGCAGACCUGGACUUAGUGGAGCAAUUCAACAUUUAUGAGAUGACACUCAGACACGAGGAUGGAGAUGACAAUGGGGACCCCCCUCCCAGUUGCCGCAAAGACCGCCGACGAGCCAGUCUGGGAUGCCCAGAGCGACGGGGGCUGGAGCGGCGGAGGAGUCGGAGGCAUUCUGUCCAGGCAGUCAGGAGCCCCGUGUCAGCGCCUGCCAGCCCCUGUACCCAGGGGAGCCCCCCCUUCACACAAGGCCAUGGGCAGGACAUUGGCGAGCUCAGUGAGAAUGGAUUUGAGCUGGAGACCCCCCCAGAGUUGCAGAGUGAUGAAGAGGCUGGCAGUGGGUUUGAGGAUGAGCUUAGAGCAUCAUCACCUUUAGAGGAAGAGGAGUAUGAAGAGGAGGAAGAGGAACAACCAAUCACAGAGCCCAAUACAGAGGAUGAGGGGGAGGAAGAGGCUGCUAGGCAGGCCCAAGUCAGUUUGUUCUCAGAAGUGCAGGAGGCUGAAAAUGGGCCAGAGAGUUCAGAGACUGUGGCCACUCCAAGUGUCCUUUUUCAAGAAGAGAGGCCUCUUCCUGUGAGCUUUAGGGCAGAGAGUCUUUCCAGCAGCUCUUCAUCCUCUGUGCCUGAUCCAUUUGCUUCACACCAUUUUCCUCUACGCUCAUCACCCUCCUCAUCUCUACCCAUCAGCUGUUCACAAAACUCAUCAUCCUCGUCGGGUACUCCAAAGUCCUCUCCAACAGUUGAAAAAUUACCUUAUGUACCUCAUAGCCCCUUUCACCUCUUUUCCUAUGAUCUUGAAGAGCCUUCCACAGCUGGGAAAGAGAAGGAAGCAGAAAAGAUAAGAGAACACAGGCCAUCUUUGGGUGGUCUUCUCACAUCCUCGUAUCGGCAGCAUCAAGAGUCCUUGGCAGCUGAAAGAGAGAGGCGGCGUCAGGAGAGGGAGGAACGGCUACAAAGGAUCGAGCGUGAGGAGAGAAACAAAUUCAAUCGUAAUUAUCUAGAUAAACGAGAGGAACUCAGACAAGCAAGAGAAGAGAGAUACAAAUACUUGGAGAAAUUGGCAGCAGAAGAGUAUGAGAAGGAGCUGAGGAGCCGGAGCAUCUCCAGGGGCAGGAAUGACUUGCCUCUGAACUUGGGGCAGCCUUUGGUCUCCACCGCUUCCAUUCCCCAGGGUGUCAGCCCUCUGCUGACAGAUUCUCAGGAGGAACCAAACACCUCUGUGACAUCGUGUGGGACACUCCAGGCCCCAGAAGUGAGUGUCAGCGAGUCUGAAUGCGAACCAGAAGUGGAGCCAGAGAGAGAAAGGAAACUGGAGCAGGACGAUGAGGGAGCAGAAAUACCUCAAGAGGUAGAAGCUGCAGAGGUGGAGCCAGAGAGCGAAGUGGAGCAUGGUCCAGAGCAAGAGCCAGAAGAAGGCACUGUCCUGAGCGAGAAAGAGCGGCAGAAUGAGGAAGUGAAUGAGAAAGACAACUGCUCGGCCUCCAGCAUCUCCUCUGCCAGCAGCACUUUAGAAAGGGAGGAAAGGGAGGACAAGCUAACCAGUGACAAUGAGACUGGUCCAUGGUUACAGACCAUUCAAGAUGUCGCUGUGAAUGAUCAGGGCAGCAGCAUUCUCGAUAGCAAGCGGUUCAUGCUGGACAUGUUGUAUGCCCAUAACAAGAAGUCCAAGGAUGAGGAGGCUAAAGAGCUGGAGGAGAAGGCGGAGGAAAAGGAGGUGGCAGAGGCAAGUGAAGACGCCAUCACCAGCCUGGCCAGCAGGAUCUCCGUCCUGCAGGCCACCAAGCAGGCCAAAGAUUUAAGUGUCAAAAAAAUUGAGAUUGAGGAUUUGGACAACCACGGCAGCGUGAAAGCCUUUGCGGAACGGUUCAAUAAUAGCGAGCUGGCAAAAGGCUCAAACUUUCCUGAAAGUGAUUUUGGUGAAAAGGUCCCUGAAAAGACACCGCCCACACAGGCUAAGAAGGAAUCGGACUAUAUUUGGGAUCAGCUCCUGGCCAAUCCGAGGGAACUUAAAAUCAAAGACAUGGAUUUUACAGACUUGAGGGACGACGACGAUGUUGAUGUCUUGGACAUGGAAAUGGGCCCUGGUGACUCCCUGGCUCCCCCUCCUCUACCACCGCCUUCCUUUUUUGGUUUGCCUCCCCCACCUCCUCCCUUGCUUUAUGGAUGCCCACCACCACCACCCUCCUCUGGUAAUUUAUUGGCUCCACCUCCCCUAUUUGGCACUCCUCAGGGUUUAGGAUCUCCCCCGCUUCAUAGGGAUCAGCCAGCUUUCAUUAAAAAGAAGAAAACUAUCCGCCUAUUUUGGAAUGAGGUGAGGCCGUUUGAGUGGCAGUUUAAGAACAACAAACGCUGCAAAGGAUUCCUGUGGUCAAAACUGGAACCUAUUAAGGUGGACACUUCCAAGCUGGAACAUCUCUUUGAGUCUAAAUCCAAGGAACUUCCGGUCACAAAGAAAACAGCUGCUGACGGGAAGAGGCAAGAAAUCAUUGUGCUGGAUUCCAAACGGAGCAACGCCAUUAAUAUUGGACUGACAGUAUUACCCCCUCCUAGGACAAUUAAGACUGCCAUUUUGAACUUUGAUGAAUAUGCCUUAAAUAAGGAAGGAAUAGAGAAAAUUCUCACCAUGAUUCCCACAGAAGAAGAAAAACAGAAAAUCCAGGAGGCUCAGCUGGCCAAUCCCGACAUCCCUCUGGGCAGCGCUGAACAGUUCCUUCUGACUCUUUCUUCCAUCACUGAACUUUCGGCCCGACUUCAGUUGUGGGCAUUCAAAAUGGAUCACGAGCUUGUGGAAAAGGAGGUGGCAGAACCCCUUUUGGACUUGAAGGAAGGAAUGGACCAGCUGGGGAACAAUAAGACCUUGGGAUUUGUCCUCUCUACUCUGCUAGCUAUUGGAAAUUUCCUCAAUGGAACCAAUGCCAAAGCCUUUGAACUGAGCUACCUCGAGAAGGUUCCAGAAGUAAAGGACACGGUGCAUAAGCAGUCUCUUCUACAUCAUGUCUGCACAAUAGUGGUGGAGAAAUUCCCAGACAGUACAGACCUUUAUUCUGAGAUUGGGGCCAUCACUAGGUCAGCCAAGGUGGACUUUGAACAACUUCAGGACAAUUUAUGUCAGAUGGAGAAGCGGUGCAAAGCAUCAUGGGAUCACCUGAAAGCAAUAGCGAAGCAUGACAUGAAACCAACUCUGAAGCAAAAAAUGUCUGAGUUCCUUAAGGACUGUGCAGAACGAAUAAUAAUCCUCAAGAUCGUCCACAGGAGAAUAAUUAACAGGUUUCAUUCGUUCUUGUUAUUUAUGGGCUAUCCUCCAUACACAGUCCGAGAAGUGAACAUCAAUAAGUUCUGCAAAAUCAUCAGUGAAUUUGCCCUCGAGUAUCGGACCACCAGAGAACGGGUUCUGCAGCAGAAGCAAAAACGAGCCAAUCACAGGGAGAGAAAUAAAACCAGGGGGAAGAUGAUCACAGAUACCGACGAAGAAGAUGACAUGGAGUCUGGGAAGUUCUCCUGCAGUUCUCCUACACCUCAGAACCAGCCACAGGGGCUGCAAUACGCUGAAGACGCGGCAGAGCAUGAGCACAUGAAAGCUGUCCUGAAGACAUCGUCUCCGAGUGGGGAAAACACCGCCAUGUUAGGAGUGCGGACUCGGAGCAGAGCCAACCGAGGCCGGGUUGGCUCAUGGACUGCUAGCAAUGAUGACUCGCCUAAUGCUACUGAUGAUGCAGCAGAUGAAAUCAUGGAUCGCAUUGUCAAGUCCGCUACUCAAGUGCCAAGUCAGCGAGCAGUGCCUAGGGAAAGAAAGCGGUCAAGAGCAAACAGAAAAUCAUUAAGGAGGACGCUAAAGAGUGGGCUGACGCCAGAAGAAGCCAAAGCGCUGGGCCUGAUGGGCACUUCGGAGAUGCAGGUGUGACAACAGCCUUCCCAGCAGAAGAGCCCUCCC